GUGACAUACAAAAAGAUGUUUGUGACUUCUCACAGUGUUACGAGUCUUGGAACAAGAUGCCGUUGUUCCCACGCAAACUGUCGGAGAAACAAGUUAUGGAAAGUUUAUUCUACAAGUCUUCUUAUACAGCGAAAGCGAAGUCAACUCGUAGGUACUGCACUGACACUUGUUCUAAUGCAGCAAGGACAACAUCACCAACAAGAAGAACAACCACGUGAGAAUGGAGAUAGUAACUGGAAAGUUGAUGAAGCAAGUGCCUCUACUCCUAUGAAUUCUAUUGAAGUGAAACCUGAAAAAGAUUGGCACAGCGUUGCAAAGGAGACUGAACAACAAGCAGAAGAAAAGUUAUUAGCGGCGAAAACUGCUGAAAGACAGGCACAAGAGGCAGAAGAACAUGAAGCUUUACACGCGCCAUCAAGUGGAAAGGAACGAGCUGCUGCAUUAAGAAUAGAGGCUGAACAGUUGCGCUUACAAGCGGAACGUGCCAGACUAGAAGCAGAAAAAGCUCAAUUAGAAGCAGAGAAGAUUCGUUUUGCUUUAGAAAAGGAAAAGUGGGAAAAGACGAAACAACAAAGUACAAAGGAAGUAGUGACACCUCAUAACGAUCUUUCCAGUAACGAUAGUAACGACAGUGUUAUUGCAACUCCAUCACCACCACCUGUUGCUCCAGGAAGUGGCUAUUUUGUUGGACCUAUGAAUCCUUUUGCCAAGUUGAAUAUUCCAAGAAUAGCUGAGAACGAUGUCAAAGUUCUCAGAGAGUCUGUAUUUGGGUUUGAUACAUUUUAUGUAACACAUCUGGAUCGUUCACCUUUGGGAGAUCGAGUUAUUUUUCAUGGCAAUUUGAGGACAGACUCUGCCAAAGCAGUUCGUUUAUUAAAUGAAGCUUUAGAAAAGAAAGGAUUGGCUCCGAGAGUAAGAUUAUUUCUCAUGGAGGAUCCAUUGGAUAAUUAUAGACCUGUCUUUAUUGCACUUCCUAAACAAAACGAAGCUCUGAUGGUCAACAGAACUUUUGAAGGAAUUGCUUCAGUCUUUCUCGGAGUCCUUGGCACAAUAACAACUUUAGGUUAUGGAGUUGGAGUAUUUGGACUCACUCCAGUGUUUCUCGAUAAACUCAAGGCUGGAAAUACUGAUGAAGUAUAUCAGACAUUGCCUAUUUCAUUAGGAGCCAUAGCCAUUGUUCUAUUACAUGAGAUGGGUCAUCGAAUUGUCGCCUCCAUGAAAAACAUAAAGUUGGGAUUACCUCUCACAGUCCCAAGUCUACAAAUUGGUUCUUAUGGUACUAUUACACCUUUGAAAGACUUUCCGAAGAAUCGUUCCGAUUUUUUUGAUGUAACAGUUGCAGGUCCUUUGGUUGGAGUUGUGACUAGUGUGACUCUAUUUGUUGUGGGCUUAACUUUGUCUCAACAGAGUUUGGAUAGUCAGACUAUACCCGAUUGGUUUCCCCAAGUUCCAAGUUUAUUAUUUAGAGCUUCUAUGCUCGUUGGUUCUCUAGCAAAGAUAAUUGCCCCGUAUUUGGAUCUCUCUCACAACACUGUAGCAGUACAUCCUUUAACUGUGGUUGGAUAUACUGGUUUACUUAUCAACGCUCUGAAUUUGCUACCUAUUGGAAGGUUGGAUGGAGGUCGAAUUGUACAAUGUAUCUUUGGACGCUCUACAGCUUCUAGGGUGGGGGGUAUUACACUGUUGCUACAAGGCCUUGGUGCUGUACUGGGUAAUUCUCCAUUAUUGCUUUUCUGGGGUAUAUUUGUAGUUCUCUUUCAAAGAGAGAUGGACCUUCCUUGCGAAGAUGAGUUGACUGAACCAAACAACAAACGAAGUGCACUAGGUCUCGUCUUGUUGUUUGUUAUGCUUUUCACUUUGAUUCCGUUUCCUGAUGCUUUAGGGAAUUUGACGGGUCAGUAUUGAAGAAUAAAAGCGCCAAAGUGAUUUUAGCCUCCAGAGAAAGAGACACGCCCCGCUCCCUGAUUGGCUCACCAACUUGGCUUUUUAUGUAAAUGGCCCGUCGCGCCAUUUUCUUUU